GUUCAGUAUAGUACGCACUACGCAGUCGGUAGUACGCACGCAGUAACCGCAGUCUCGCGCUGGUUGAGCGGGCGGCGCGGGCGCGCGCUCUAUCUCGUCAAUUCAUCAAAACUUUAAUUAAUUAAAUAUUAACAAAUUAAAUAAAUUAAAUAUUAAACUUAAUUUAAUUUAGUUACAGUUAAACGCCCGCGUAAUUGUUUAUUUAUGCUAAUUUUAAAUGUAGUUGAAAUAUUAAUUUGGAUUUUGUUUUAUCUACUGCAGUAUCCGGUUGUAAUAAAAUGGCUGAUGCGGUCACAAAAGGGUGUCCACAGCAAAUACUCAAUCAGAGAAGAAUCGUGACGGCAAGCUUUGCCGGGACGGCGAAGUCUAGACAUUGCGUCGCGACCAUAACGAUUUACGGAGAGGUUAAUUCAUUUCUCACGGUCGUUCACACAGAAUACAUGUUGAGUCAUUGUACGGAAAGGAGUCUAUUACUAUAAAGAGCCCGUUAUUAUAGAAACAAAAUGGAAAUGAAAAUGACGAAGUUAGAAAAAUGGAAAGAGGAAGCGCCCACAAACUGCUAUGCGUGUUGUACUGCCGCGCUAAAGGAAGAAAAUGAUACGCCAGAUCAGUUUGGAAGGUCAUGGCGAGGAAGGUUGUCACCUCUAUUCUGGAGGGUGCCAAUAUUCGUGUGGUCGGUUGCCAUCAUUUCCUGGUCGACGGCGUACUUCUGGGGACCUCGAGAAAUGUUCUUGCUGUACAUGACGCAUUGGGGAUUGAUUCUCAUUUUCCUCGAGUCACUUUUCGGAAUCAUAGUUACUGUAAAGAAAAUUAAUGGCAGUUUACCUGAUGACAAAGGGCUGCCUUGGUAUGUCAGGACAUAUUGGGUGUUGUACAACAUCACUGUUCCCGUGGCUUUCCUCAUCACGCUCUUCUACUGGGCCGUUUUAAGAGCACCAGGAAAGAAAAUAAACUACGCCCCAAACCCGAUACUAGACGUGAUGCUGCACGGCGUGAACUCGGGCCUGAUGUUUGUGGAGCUGAUGAUGUCUGCGCACCCCAGCCGGCUGCUCCACGUCAUGCAGCCGCUGUACUUCGCGCUGGCGUACCUCUUGUUCACCGUCGCUUAUUAUAUCUCUGGUGGACUCGACCCAUGGGGCAAUGCAUUUAUUUACCCAGUUAUCAACUGGGCGAAACCAAUACAGACGCUUGUCGUGGUGACCCUGACUGCGCUCUUCCUGGCUCUGAUGCACAUUCUGACCGUGGGCGUGGCUGCAGCACGCAACUUCAUCGCCAGAAAAUGCCUCAAAGACAAAAGUGGAGAAUACAACGAUGCUUUCGAAGCUUAGCCAUAUUGACUAUAGUGAUAAUUGUGUAGACUUCUUUAAUGAUGUGUAGGUUAGGAUUAAAGUGAUUGUGUUACAACUUACAACAUAUGAAAAUUACCUAAUGUAUACAUUUAAAAAUCUACGUAAGUAUUAAUAAUGGUAUGCACAAUGGACUACAUUUUAAAACUCAGCUCUAACUGUCUGCGACCUGAAGUGUGAUUCUGCUACUCAUCUCUAGUUUUUUAGUUGUCGAUUCAAUAUUCGCCUAUAAAUUAAUUUGAACUUCAUUUCUUUGGAACUUGCCAUGGAAAUGAGCGAUGUCACAUCGCUGUAACUCUAGAGAAUGCAGGGCUGAUGGAUUAUUUUACUCUCCAACUCAAUGUUUUAUUUUUUGAUUGUGUAAAUGCCGUAGGCUCCUUAGUGUUCAUUUACACGUGCGGCAGCUGCUACCGACGAUGGCAGUCGUCGACUCUUGGCGGCGGUCUACAGCGGUCGUUGACUGCAGUCGGCGACCAUCGACUGCCGCGGAGACGUCGCCGACUGCGGUCGUCGGUAGCAGUUGCCGCUCAUGUAAAUGAACUCUUAAUGAGACCUCAGUGGCGUCACCGGGGGGUCAAUGUCUUUCGAAGGAUAAAGUCAACCGACUGAUACCAAUAGUUUGACAGUGAGCUUUGCCUUAUUGACAUUAAUAGAUUUCAGAAACAACAAGAAGGCGUAUUUUUAAUUUAGUUUUAAUUUUAUGAAAGCGAAAUAAUUGUCGAAUAAAUCAAAAUGAGACAGGUAAACACGGCUUUAACCCUUCAUAUAACCAACAGCAACCACGAUUAAAUCAUUAAUUUGGUUUUAGCUUCGGAAAAAGAAAUUUUGGUGGAAGUUUAUCCAAGGGGCAAUUUGAUGUGUUUGGUAACAAAAAAAGAAAACUUUAAUUUAUUUCAGUUUAUAUUAUCGGGUCGUUGUAAGCAGAUAUUUAGCACCUAUACCUAUUGACAUUUUUUUUUUUUUUUAAAAACCCAACGAAGUUAUAUGCCGAUAUCAGUAGAAGUAUUGCAAAUAUUUUCUUCUAUUAUAUUAUAGAUAAAAUCGAAUAAUUAUUUACACUUUGUGAGUGGGUUCUACGUACUUUGUAAAGUUAAACUUAAUAUUAUCUAAUACAUAAUAUUUAGAUUUAUUAAAGAAACCUCACCUCUUUCAAUAAAAAAUAAAUUUACAGAACCGUAAUUAGUAACAAGUAAAGUAUAUACCUAUUAAGUUUGUAAUUAGUAAUAAUAAGUUAUUACUAAUUAUAAUUACAAUAUUUGUUACUAAUUGCUUACUUUUACUGUCACUUAUUUUCAAUGCUUAAGCAGUCAGUCAAUCCUUCAGUUAUUCAAGUGUAAUAUCAAUCGGCUCAAUCGCUUAUGUCAGAGACCAGAGACUUAGACUAAAGAGACUUAUUCUAAAUCUAAAUGGAUGGUCAAUUGGAUAUUUUUCAUGUUAUGCACACACUUGUGCACUAUAUUAUCUCCUGCGUACAGGGUUAAUCUCAGAAUGAAAUUGGCCACCGUGACCGAAAAAAAAUUACAAUUUGGUCGAGAGCAUAUUAUUAUUAUUAUAUUCUCACAUAAUAUAUAUUACAUAUGAGAAUCAUCGCCAUGAAUUUUUUAUGAAUUAAAUAAUUAAUCUUAACCAAAAUGUUUUAAAAAUUCCAAAGCACUCGAUGUUAUCGAAAGUUCAAACUACUCUGAAAAGGUGACAGUACUCGUAUGUACGCAGUCGACAAUGAACUUUAUUGAACAAUGCGAAUAAACCAGUUGUACAAAGAAAUAAGUAGGUAGAGGUAGGAAUACGUCAUUGCUUAAGCUAAAGUUGGGCUUACUGUUUCGAAAACAUCAUAGAUUAAGGGUAGGUCUUGCGCCGGUCAUUUAAUAAUGUAAGGAAAACAUUUAAAAAUAAUGUGUUUAGAUUUAACUAAUUUACUCAAUGGACUUUUAAAGAAUUCUGUGAUUUUAGUGUAGAUUUUUAAUGGUUUAUUAUUGGAGUGUGUUUAUGGUACAUUUACUUUUUAUGAUAUUUUUUUGUUAAUAAGUAUUGUAACCUCGUCAUGUUGCGGAAAAACAAGGAUCUAAUUUUGUCUAUUAACUUAAUAAGCACAUACGGCUAUAGAUAAUUUCACACACAGACAAUAUUAUUGAAAAUUUGUAGUUGCUCCUAAUGCGGGCUACAGACCUUAAGUUUUAACCGCGCAGUUUAACUGUACCUACAGUUUUUCUAAUCGAAUUUUCAGUCAAAAACCUUAGAAAAACUGUACAAUUAAAAAAGUUCAGUUCUCAGUUUUGCCUACGGACUGCUAAAACUGCAGGUCUGUAGCCCGCUUAUGAAAAUAAUACUUAAUGUUAUAUUCCCGAGAUACCACUUUUGGAAAUAAUAUUAUUGAUUGUGUUUGAGCAACCAAAUAAGAAAAAUAAAUACCUUUCCUAAAUAUGCAGCAAAUAUUUCUAAAAUGGUAGGGUAACUAAUGCUGUAAGAAUUAGUGUUGUGAUAGUUUUUUCGUGUAAAGUACUUAAUAUUAAAAUUUUGAGAUCUA